CUGAUUUUUGUUUAGCGGAAGAAGAAUUACUAACCCUCCACAGUAACGGUCACCUGCAGAAACACACCGGGACUCACGGAGCUCACACCGUCCGACACACGGCCCCCCUGCCCGCCUCCAGGACACAGACCCCCCGCCCCGCCGCCCCGCCGCCCGCCUCUCAUCAAACCCGAUCAAUCGAUACCGGGAUCGAUCGCCUCUGAUGUCCGUCACUGUGGAUCAGAACCGGCGCGUGGCCUGCGGCGGGAUCAGAGGCACCGGAGCAGCCAACGAUGACAUCAGCGCGUGAGAGACCCGAUCCUCCCCGCGUGAGCUGAUCGAUCAUUUUAUCAGGUGUUCCAGUGCUCCCAGUGCUCCCAGUCUGGUCCAGGAUGCUGCCGGCCUCCAUCCAGAUCACGGGGGAGCUGCUGUCGGCGGCGGAGGUUCAGGACAUCUGCGAGAGCCUGAAGGAGGACAGCGUGCGGCUGCUGUCCGUCCGCGGCUGCCAGCUCUCUGACCGUGACUUCGGCCGCGUCUGCCGCAGUGUCGCAGAGUCGCACUCGCUUGCUCAGCUCAACCUGAACCUGGGCGUGGUCUCCAGCAUCAGCCGGACGCGACACCUGGCGGACGCCCUGAAAACCAACCGCUCGCUGCAGACGCUGUUUCUCCAUGGCAGCCCGCUGCUGGACGCCGGCCUGGUGACCUUGAACUCGGCCCUGUCGACCCACCCGGCGCUGGUCUGUCUGGAUCUGGGAGACUGCAUGCUGGGAGACGAGGCGCUCGGUCUGAUCUGUGGGAUGCUGCCGCCCGACGGAGCAAAGUCAGGUCUCAGGGAGCUGACUCUGAGCGCUAACCCAGGAAUCAGCUCUAAAGGCUGGGCUCGCCUCGCCAUCGCCGUGGCUCACAGCUCACAGCUCAGAGUGCUCAACCUGGACUACAACCCACUGGGUGAUCACAUUGCGGGGAUGUUGGCGGUUGCUGUGGCGUCCAGCAGAACUCUGGAGGUUCUGGACCUGGAAGGAACUGGACUGUCUAACCAAUCAGCACAGGUGUUCCUGGACAUGGUGGAGAACUACCCCACCAGUCUGCGGGUCCUGGUCCUGGCGGAGAACGACAUCAGUCCGGAGCUGCAGCAGCAGAUCUGCGACCUGCUGUCUGAAGGAGAGGACGAAGAUGACAGAGAGGCCCCGCCCCUACAGCCAGGCCCCGCCUCCAGCAGCGCCCUGCUGCCGAUCAGAGACAAGUACCAGCCAAUCAGAGACAAGUACCAGCCAAUCAGAGACAAGUACCAGCCCCCCGCCUGGCUCCCCCACAGCAACUCCAGCCCCCAGAUGGUCUUGCUGACAUCAGGUCUAGGUGAGAGCUUAUUGGCUGAGACUGAGAUGUGACCCCUCCCACUCGCACACCCACACACACACCCACACACACACGCACACACACGCACACACACUUCCUGUUAAACCUUCACUUUGUUUGGUUUGAAUGUUUGUUUCUCUGCACUGCACUUCUCUGUCAGAUCACCUGAUGGCUAACAGCCAAUCACAUGCUCUGCAUGGUUUGAUGUAGCACCUGUCUAUACACACACACGCACACACACACACAUACAGAUGAGUGGCAGCACAAAACGUUAUUAACACACACCAAGUGUCUUACAGACAGACAGGUGUUAGUUCAGUGUGUUUCUGAUGAAUGUAGUUCUGCUCUGUUGGUUCCUUCUGCUGCUCUGAUGUCACAAUUAUUAAACUGUUUACAGCUUCGUAACCACGACGACUCUGACUCUUCUUUCCUCUGCAAGCUAGCACACAGCUAACACACUGCUAACACACAGCUAACACACCGCUAACACACUGCUAACAUACAGCUAACACACCGCUAACACACAGCUAACACACCGCUAACACACCGCUAACACACUGCUAACACACAGCUAACUCAUAGCUAACACACUGCUAACACACAGCUAACUCACUAACACACUGUUACCACACUAGGGCUGUCAGAAUGAACUUCGCUAUUCUAAAACAAUUCGAAUUAUUGAAAAAAUAAGCAUAUUCGAAGUUGGAAACUAAGGUUUGAAUAUUUGGAGAAAAAAAAAUGGCGCUCUACCGUGCAUUAAGAGAUGUUUUAUGAGGAAAAUACAUGACUGUCAGAGAAGCCUCGUUUACAAACGGACCUACAAUCCAUCUCCUCUCUCUCUCUUCUCAGCGGAGGGUGACCUGUCAGCCCUGCACUGACAGUGACAGGGCACAUCUCUUUGAUCCGAAGUGACACAGAGCGUUUGCUCAUGCUUCGGGGUCGUUCAAUAGAGUAAUUGCAAAUAAAUAUUGUUUUAAUGUGUAAUUAUUGAAAUGUUCACAAGGGC